AUGGAGCCCACUAAUAAAGGUCCCAAGGCCUGCACGACAUGUGCUAAGGCCAAGGCGCGGUGCAUUCCCGGCCCGGAGAGGAACAGCAAGUGUGAAAGGUGUCAGAGACUAAACAAGGAAUGCGUCUCGCAGCGGCCCGCCCCGCCCCGGGCCAAGAAGGCGCCCAAGAGAUCCAGGGUGGCCGAGCUGGAGAAGCGAUUGGACGAGCUGUCGUCGCAGUUUGUCGAUGGAGUCGUCGCCGUGAAUCCCAGGCCCAAGCCGUCUACGGGGCCGGGAUCGCGGCGGGAGAGGACAAAGUGUGACAACAUUGUCACGUUUGAGUAUCUGUUCCCGUCACCGAGGUCAGAGAGUGCCGAGGCUUCGGGGUGGAGCUCCGAGGCUGGGAGUAAUGACUGUGUUGCGGCCGAGAGGCUGUGGCCCGAUCCGGCAGAGGCGGAGGCCUUGCUGUUUGCGUAUCAUGAGACGCAUGCUCCCUUGGCGCCGUUUGUGGUCGUGCCGAAGCAUCUGACGGCGGCGGAGCUGCAUCGGCAGAGGCCGUUUUUGUGGAGAGUGGUGAUGAUGGUCGGCUGCUUCUCUGACGGGCCGAGACAUCAUCGGUUGGGAAAGGAGGUGUUGGCUGAGUUGGGGAGGCUGGUGGUGAUGGAUGGAAGCAAGAGUCUUGAGUUACUACAGGGGCUGCUGUUGAUAAUAAGCUGGCAAAACUUUGCCUUGAGGAGUGCGCAGUUGACAAAUCUGCUCUUCCUCGCGAGGUCGAUGAGUCUGACUGCAGCCAGCCCCGGAACUCCAUUCUGUGGCGCCAACUGUAAUAAAGGCGAGAUCAAAUGGGGAGAGCUGGAAUAUGCACGAGCAUACGUAGGGACAUACUACGUCAACGCCAUCGUAUUCAAUACGAAUAAAAAGGCAGAUGCCUUUAUGAACACAUCGCAGCUCGAUGCUUUCUGCAAUCUCCUUACUUCGCCGGGAGAAUAUCCGUCUGAUAUCUACUUGGCUAAGCUUGUCAAGAUACAGAUGCUGUCGCAGUCGAUAUCCAUGGCUAUGACUUUUGAUCCUGCGCAGCAGCAGCCGAUGCAGCUGCCCCUGACGAUGGUGGUGCAGACUUUCCAGGAGCAGAUUGAUGCAUAUCGGGCAUCGUUGCCACCUCAUCUUGUUGAUAAUGGCAACCAUCAACAUUCUAACACCCUCGCAGGCACUCUCCAAUGCCACUUGGCCAUAUCAGAAAUCCUCCUCUCCGACAUCUCCAUCUCCGACCCCCACUGCUCCUCAGUCGCCCUCCCGCACGCCGACCGCAUCCAGCUCCUGUGGUCCUGUCUCCGCUCCCUCCGCCGCUUCUACACCGUCCACGCAGCGGUCAAGUGCUGCGACAUCAGCGACAAGGAGCAGCGCUCCUUCCUCGGCCUCAACGCCUCGGAUCUCGCAUACACCAUCAUCACAGGCAUCAAGUUGCUGCUCGUGCGGCUCCCUGGCUGGGAUCCCCGGUACAUUGUUUCCGAGCUGUGGAUCCGCGAGAUGCUGGAUAAGGAGAUUGAGGAUGUGGGCGCAGUUGUGGCGCGGAGGGAGAGCGAUCGUUGGAUGGAGGAGGAUCCGUUGGGCAGGAUGCAUAAAUUGCUAAAAUACGGGAGGGAUCUGAUUGAAUUUCAGCUACAGAAGCUCAAGUUGGAAAUGGACGUAAGCAGCAGCAGUGAUUCCACGUUAUCGACACCGUCGAUGGUGAAUAAGGGAGAGGGCGGCCAAGGGUGGGUGAUGAUGGGAAUAGAGGAUCUGGACGAUGACUUGUGGCAGAGCUUCAUGAACGAUACGGCAUGGGGCUUGAAUGGGGAGCCAAUGGUGAUGGAUGCGUUUUAA